GGGACAUCAAGAGAGUAAUCUCGGAAAAAACUCGACUGUACGAUAUUUUUACUCUUUUGAAAGGUGCGUCUGGGACCAGAGUACUGUUUCUAUUUUACCGUUCGACUAAGGUUGUGCAGAGGCAAUAAAAAAAAAGAGCUGUCAUCAUGGUGCUAAUGAUACUGCCAUUAAUUGGAUCAGUGUCAGUAUCUGAGGGUUUGAUUGCCAUGACAACAGUGUGUCUGGUCUUCCUGAUCCUCAAGUUGUUCCGCGCUGAGAUUCCUGAGGGGCUUCGUCGGCUGCCCGGACCAAAGCCUCUGCCUAUUAUUGGGAAUGUGUUGGAGAUAGGCAGCAAACCUUACCUGAGUCUCACUGCCAUGAGCAAGCGCUAUGGCGAUGUCUUCCAGGUCCAAAUUGGCAUGCGUCCCGUGGUUGUGUUGAGUGGAAGUGAAACAGUUCGACAGGCUCUUAUCAAGCAAGGGGAUGAGUUUGCGAGUAGACCUGACCUGUACAGCUUCAGGUUCAUCAACGACGGCAAGAGUCUGGCCUUCAGUACAGACCAGGUUGGUGUCUGGCGUGCGCGCAGGAAGCUGGCCUACAGUGCCCUGCGCUCCUUCUCCACCCUGGAGGGAACAACCCCAGAAUACUCCUGCAUACUGGAGGAACACAUCUGCAAAGAAGGAGAGUAUCUGAUCAACCAGCUCAACACUGCCAUGAAGACUGACGGCAGCUUCGACCCCUUCCGCCACAUUGUUGUCUCCGUUGCUAAUGUGAUCUGUGGCAUGUGUUUUGGCCGACGCUAUGACCACGAUCACCAGGAGCUGCUCAGCUUGGUGAACCUCAGUGAUGAGUUUGGUCAAGUGGUGGGCAGUGGUAACCCUGCAGACUUCAUCCCUAUUCUUCAGUUUCUGCCCAGCACAACAAUGAAGAAGUUUGUGAGCAUCAAUGCUCGUUUCAACACAUUUGUGCAAAAAAUUGUCAGCGAGCACUAUGGCACCUUUGACAAGGACAACAUUCGUGACAUCACCGACUCCCUUAUUGACCACUGUGAGGAUAGGAAGUUAGAUGAGAAUUCUAACGUCCAGGUGUCAGAUGAGAAGAUUGUGGGAAUCGUCAAUGAUCUGUUUGGAGCUGGUUUUGACACUAUCUCCACUGCGCUGUCUUGGUCAGUGAUGUACAUGGUGGCUUACCCUGAGAUACAGGAAAGACUUUUUCAAGAAUUGAAGGACAAUGUGGGUGUGAAUCGCACACCUCGUCUCUCUGACAAACAAAAGUUACCCUUUCUGGAGGCCUUCAUCCUUGAGAUCUUCCGCCACUCUUCAUUCUUGCCCUUCACAAUCCCUCACUGCACGUCAAAAAACACAUCUCUGAAUGGCUACUUCAUUCCUAAAAACACCUGUGUCUUCAUCAACCAGUGGCAGAUCAACCAUGACCCUGAACUCUGGAAAGAUCCAUCUUCCUUCAACCCAGAUCGUUUCCUGAGUGCUGAUGGCGCUGAGAUCAAUAAGCUGGAGGGGGAGAAGAUGAUGGUUUUUGGCAUGGGGAAGCGCCGCUGCAUUGGCGAGGUCAUAGCACGAAAUGAAGUUUUCCUCUUCUUGGCAAUCCUUGUCCAGAAGCUGCACUUCCUUGCAAUUCCUGGAGAGCAGUUGGAUCUGACCCCAGAAUACGGUCUCACAAUGAAGCACAAACGCUGCCACCUGAGAGCCACAAUGCGAGCAAGGAACGAGAUGUGAAGCUAUUUAGGCCGUACAACGUAUUAAUCAGUAGGUGGUAUGAGUUGACUCUUGCACUGUAUGGGUCACAGUCAGGUUCAGAAUCAAUGAAAGAAGCAUCUUGCUCAGAAUGUAAGGCACUGGAUGCCAAAUUUGAUCUACAGAGCUAAUGGCAUUGAAGCAAAUAAGUGAAUGUAGCUUGCUGCAUAUUGUCUGAGAUGUCUAGGUUUGUUUGAACACAUGAUUGCACAUGAUCAGUGCUUUUCAGUGAAGUAUAAGGAGACAUUUGGUUCUCCUGCGAUGUGUAGUACAUGAAACUGCUCCUAUUAAGAAGUUGUUAAAUACUCAGAGUUACAUUGUUCAAUUUUGGGACAAACAAUAUGAUUUACUGGCCAGGCAUUGCUAUUUGGACCACUGAAUAUUACAUGUUUUUCUUUUGUGACACAGGACUCUGAAACAGGUAUUACAUUUUGAGACCACUUACACUUGUAAGCUAAAUAUUUUUUAUAACUUUAUAAUGUGGAUGUAAGACACUGAAGCUAUAUGUAUAUCCCAUAAUGUGAUUUUGUUUGUAUAUUAUGUUUUUUGUAUUUUAUAAAAUCAUUUUUAUGUUCCUAGCUUUUGUACAUAUUUGAGGUGAUUUUGCUGUGCAUCUGAAUGAAACAUCAAGACACCAAAAGAGUUUCAGUGAAUUUUGCAAUAUAUUGGAAGGCUAUACAAUUUUGUAUUUCAGUCCGUAAUGUACAAUGAUUGUAUAACAUGUAAAGGCGUGUGAUCGCAGCAUCCUUUUAAUCAGCCACAAAAAUAAACUAUGUUGCAGGCUAA